UAUCUAGCCCCAUUCAAAAUGGAACUGUUGUCCGAGGAUCCUUACAUGGUUGUAUUUCACGAUGUGAUCUACCAAUCGGAGAUAGAACAUCUGAGCCGUAUAUCUGAGCCCUUGUUGCGACGCGCAGGAGUUGUUAACGACGAUGAACUAGAUGACGUGUUACUCAAGUUUCGAACUGCCAAUGGCGCUUUCCUAUUUAUGGACGAAGGGUCGACGAAGGAUGCUCAAUUGGUGGGGCGCAUAUUCCAGAGGAUGAAGGAUAUGUCUGACUUACAAAUAAAGGAUGACGCUUUUGAAUAUCUGAAAUAUGACUUUGGUGGUCAUUACGUUCUCCAUGAGGAUUAUUUUAACUACACCGAUGAGGAGUACGCUGACGAUCGCUUUGCGACCUUUAUAAUUUAUCUCAAUGAUGUGACUCGGGGUGGUGCUACAGUGUUUCCCCACGUGGAGAUAGCGGUUCAUCCGGAGAGGGGCAAAGUGAUCCACUGGUACAACAUGAAUCCCAACUCAUUAGACUAUGAGGUCCGCUCUUAUCAUGGCGCUUGCCCCGUUCUGAUCGGCCAAAAGAUUGCUCUAGCCUACUGGAUCCACGAGCAAGAUCAAAUGUUUGUUAAACCUUGCUUGCAGCGACCAUUGCACCGAACUUGACAAUGGUUGACGGGGAAGAGAAAAGGCGAGAGAGAGUUUCAGAAAGAGAGAAUAAUGGAGCAUAACGUUCUUUACCUAUUUAUGUCUAUCUAUAAGCCGUCGACAUCAUCAAUAAUUAUUUUCUAGUUCAAUAUAGCAUUGAUGGUUAUGGUACGGGUGAAGCC